AUGCCUCAUGCGUUGCUGAUUCGAGAGAAGAAGCCCAAGGCCGGUAGUGCUCCCUACUAUCCUCUACAGUUGAAAGCUGUACCGAAACCCACGCCCGGACCAAAUGAAGUUCUUGUCAAGAUUGAGGCAGCUGGCUUGAAUCACCGCGACGUAUUCAUCCGUCAGAACCUUUAUCCAAAUAUAUCGUUCAAGGCACCUCUUCUGUCUGACGGCUAUGGGAAAGUUGUUGAAGAGGGUCCUGGAUGCACGGCCGGCCUCUUGCAUAAACCUGUGUUGCUGACACCAUGCCGAGGAUGGGCCGCAAGUCCAGACGGACCAGAAGACUGGACCAAGUUCAGCACGAUGGGUGGCACGGAGCCGCAUAUUCAUUUGGGAGCUGCGCAGAACUACGUCGUUGUUGAAGAGUCUGAGGUUGAGGAGUGCCCGGAGCACCUAACUGCUCUAGAAGGAGCUGCAAUUCCAUCCUGUGGAUUGACUGCCUGGCGAGCUCUCGUUGUCAAGUCACAAAAUGCCAAGCAGGGGGCCAAUAUUCUCAUCACCGGAAUUGGCGGAGGUGUUGCUCUUCAAGCUCUCCAGAUUGCUCUGGAGCUGGGGUGCAACGUCUACGUGACAUCUGGCUCGACGGAAAAGAUUACCAAGGCCACACAGCUGGGAGCUAAAGGCGGUGUUCUAUACACCAAAGACGAUUGGCCCAAGAAGCUAAGCCAGAUACUCCCUGAAGAACGGCCCUACCUAGAUGCGGUGAUUGAUGGCGCUGGUGGGGAUAUUGUGGUAAAGGUGACGCCUAUCCUGAAGCCGGGAGGAAUUAUUUCUAGCUACGGGAUGACACUAGGUCCACUGAUGGACUGGCCCAUGCAAGCCGUUCUGAAGAACAUUGAGCUACGCGGCAGUACACUGGGUUCCAGAACGGAAUUCACAGAUAUGGUCAAGUUCAUUGGGGAGAAGAAAAUACGCCCCAUUGUCAGUCGAAGUGUCAAAGGUCUGGAUUGUGUAGAUGCUAUUGAAGGGUUGUUUGAAGAGAUGAAAGCAGGGAAACAGUUUGGCAAGCUGGUCAUUGAGGUGUAG